UCUGACUUCUCUCUCUUCUUCUCUAAGAAGUUUCUCGCUACUUUAUCCUGUAAUUCCUCCAUGUCUAGACUGCUAUUACUUUCUUGUUAUCGAUGGAAAUGCUUACUAUAAAAAUAAUCUAAAUUGCCCUCAUCAUAUUUGAGUUGUUUUUACACUAUUAAUCUGCUGCGAUCCUCAUAAUCGUAACAUUUGGUGCUUUCAUCCUUCGAACUCAUGGCGGAGGGCACUAGGAUUAAAGAGCUUGUCGCAAGCAUGAACAAAUUGAUGGAGAUGUUAGAGGCGGACAAGCUUGAUAACAGAGCUCGAUUUGAAACAUUGGAAAAUGAAGUUGACGCCUUGCUGAAGCAGAACUUGGAGCUGGGUGCAAAUCGGAUAGGUAAUGUUUCAGGUAACCAUUCUGAUGGAGGAUCUUCUUCGCACCAACCAUUUCAGGUGCGUAAUGUGAAGCUAGAUUUUCCUCGUUUCGAUGGAUCUGGAGUUUUACAAUGGAUUUUCAAGGCUGAGCAAUUCUUUGACUAUUACAACACUGCUGAUAAUCAACGACUUACCAUAGCAACGAUUCAUAUGGAAAAGGAGGUCGUUCCUUGGUUCCAAAAUGACUAAUAGGCCUACUCCCUUCCAGUCUUGGAUUGAUUUUACCUGGGCUUUAGAACUGGAGUUUGGCCCUUCACCCUAUGAAAGUCCGAGAUCACUGUUAUUCAAGUUGUCACAAGUAGGCUCCGUUCAAGAGUACUCAAUUCACUGCUCUGGCCAACCAUGUACAAGGCGUAGGUAGAGAAGCCUUACUCGAUUGCUUUGUUGGAGGACUUAAAUGAUCUGGCCAUAUGGUUUCACUGCUCUUGUAUACUCAAGAAACCAUAGGGCUUUGAACGCCAUAACCAUGUACAAGUUGAAACUAUGGCUUCACUGCCCUUAAGGCUUCUCUACCGACGCCUUGACCAUAUGGCUUCACUGCUCUGGCCAACCAAGUAAUAGUCUAUUUUAAUCUCCUAUCAUCUUGGUCAAGAAGAAGGAUGCCACAUGGCGGUUUUGCCCAAACUAUAGGGCUUUGAACGCCAUAACCAUAAAAGACAGUUUUCCCAUUCCAACUGUUUAUGAGCUUUUGGAUGAAUUAUUUGGCUCCAAAUACUUCUCCAAACUGGACCUUAGGUCCGGGUACCACCAAAUCUUAGUCGCGGAGGAGGAUAGACACAAAACUGCUUUCAGAACUCACCCAAGACAUUAUGAAUAGUUAGUAAUGUCUUUUGGGCUUACCAAUGCUCCGACAACAUUUCAGAGCUUAAUGAAUGAAGUUUUCAAAGACUUUCUUCGGAAAUUCGUUUUGGUUUGUUUUGAUGAUAUACUAGUUUACAGUUCAACUUGGGAAGAACAUCUUUGACAUUUAGAAAAGGUCCUGCAGUUGCUUCAGAAACAUCAGUUAUUUGCCAAGCUGUCUAAAUGCUCUUUUGGGAUGAAACAGGUGGAUUACUUGGGUCAUAUAGUUUCAAGUCAAGGGGUGGCAAUGGACAAUGCUAAGGUGCAAGUGGUUCUAGACUGGCCAACUUCGGGUAACAUCAAACAGUUAAGGGAUUUUUUAGGGCUCACUGGAUAUUAUAGAAAAUUCAUUAAAUCAUAUGCUAGUAUUGCGGAUCCGUUGACGAAUUUGCUGAGAAAAGAUAGUUUUGUAUGGGGCGAAGAGGCAAAUGAAGCUUUCAUCAAUUUGAAAGAAGCUAUCACUAAAGCCCCAGUUUUGGCAUAGCCAAACUUUUCAAAACCUUUCACCUUGGAGACAGAUGCAUCAGGUGUAGGGGUUGGGGCUGUGAUCAGCCAAGAAACUCAUCCUGUUGCUUAUUUCUCAAAGAAACUUAAUACUAGCAUGCAAAGGCAAUCGACCUAUGCUAGCGAGUUUUAUGCGAUUACGGAGGCAGUAGCAAAGUUUAGGCACUACCUAUUGGGCCACACAUUUAUUAUCAAGACUGACCAGAAUAGUUUGAGAUCCAUCACUGAUCAAGCCAUUCAUACACUGGUGCAGCGAAAUUGGAUACACAAGUUGAUGGGUUAUGAUUUCAGCAUUGAAUAUAAGCUUGGGAAAGAAAAUAUAGUUGCCGAAUCACUGUCUCGAUGUUUCCUAUUAGCAUUCUCCCAACCUAAUCUGGAAUUGAUCCCAGAAUUAAGGAAAGAAAUAACACAAGAUUCACAAUUGAGUAGUGUUCUACAACUUUGUUUCCAAAACAUGCCACCUAAUGCAAAUUACUCAGUAGUGGAUCAAUUAUUGUGUUGGAAGGGUCGACUGGUUUUAUCGAAGGGGCAUGUAUUAGUUACGAAGAUUAUGAGAGAGUUUCACAGUACCAAAUUGGGAGGACAUGCUGGUUUCAGAAGAACAUUACACAGAAUAGCAUCUCAACUCUUUUGUCAAGGAAUGCAUAAGGAUAUCAAGGAAUUUGUGCAAAAGUGCCUUCUCUGUCAACAGGCUAAACAUGAUACAGAUACAGCCUGACCUUCUGGAUUGCUGCAACCAUUACCCGUUCCAACUCAAAUCUGGGAAGACAUAGCUAUGGAUUUCAUAAAUGACCUUCCAGCUUCCAAUGGACAUACAGUCAUUAUGGUCGUCAUUGAUAGGCUCUCUAAGUAUGCUCAUCUUGCUAGCUUGAAGUCUGAUUUUAAUAGCAAACAAGUUGCAGAGUUGUUCAUUAAAAAUAUAGUCAAGCUGCAUGGUUUUCCAAAGUCAAUAGUAUCCGAUCGAGAUAAGGUCUUCACUAGUCAAUUUUGGCAACAUUUGUUUAAAUUGAGUGGCACAUCAUUGAAACUUAGCACUGCUUACCAUCCUCAAACAGAUGGUCAGUAAGAGGCUUUAAAUAAAUGCAUUGAGAUUUAUUGAAGGUGCUUCACAUUUGACAAUCCAAAAGAGUGGGGUAAGCUAUUGACAUGGGCUGAAUAUUGGUAUAAUACUGCUUACCAUCAAAGUAUCGGACUGACUCCUUUCAAAGUGGUGUAUGGGCGAGAGCUAGGCCUGGGAUCGGUUCGGUUCCGCUUAAAAAUUGAUGGAAUCGUUUAUAAUAAUGUAACUCUUAAAUUCAGGUCGGUUCCGAUAAAAAAAAUCGAGAACCGUUUGAGAACCGAAUGAUGUGUAAACGGUUCGGUUCUGGCUUUUUUCGGUUCCUAUUUUUUUCUUUCUAUACCUUGAAAAUUAACUUUUUAAGUUAUGUUAUUUAAACAAAAGUAGUUGAAUUUAUGAUUUUUAC